CACACAGACAGCACUGGAAUAGCUGGUAUCUGAAAUGAGCUGCUGGAGGAGGUGAUGGAGGCAGGAACAGUAACAGCGGUUAUUUGGCACCUAGAAAGAUCGCUGUAAAUGUGAUGGUUUACUUUGGGAACCAUCUCUCUGACCCGCUGAGCAGCUGCAGCGCCUGCGCACAACCGCCGGAGAAGCAGUCGGUCGGCCACCCGGUGGCUGCGGACGGCGGGGCGAUGGCGGCGGUGAAGCGGGAGCGGGAGGCAGAGGCUGACAGCGGCGAUGAGGGGGAGCUGGAGCCAGUCCCCUCAAAGAUCAUGAGAAUUCAUUGUCAGGAGGAAGAGGAUGACCGAAGUAGACAUUGCCCCUAUCUGGACACUAUCAAUAGGAGUGUGCUGGAUUUUGACUUUGAAAAGCUGUGUUCCGUCUCCCUUUCUCACAUCAACGUUUAUGCCUGCUUGGUGUGUGGCAAAUACUUUCAAGGGAGAGGCCUGAAGUCGUAUGCUAACAUUCAUAGUGUUCAGGUCGGGCACCACGUCUUUUUGAAUCUGCACACGUUGAAAUUCUACUGCUUACCAGACAACUAUGAAAUCAUUGACUCCUCUCUUGAAGACAUAACGUAUGUGUUGAAACCAACUUUCACAAAACAACACAUUGCAAACCUGGACAAACAAUCCAAACUGUCACGGGCUUACGAUGGAACCACCUAUCUACCAGGAAUUGUGGGACUGAACAACAUCAAGGCUAACGAUUAUGCCAAUGUGGUGCUGCAGGCCCUGUCCAACGUGCCUCCAUUACGGAACUAUUUCUUGGAAGAAGAGAACUAUAAGGAUAUCAAGCGGCCACCAGGAGACAUAAUGUUCCUGUUGGUGCAGAGGUUUGGAGAGCUGAUGAGAAAACUCAGGAAUCCCAGGAACUUCAAGGCUCAUGUAUCUCCACAUGAAAUGUUGCAGGCUGUAGUUCUAUGCAGCAAGAAACGUUUCCAAAUUACCAAACAGGGUGAUGCUGUUGACUUCCUGUCUUGGUUCCUAAAUGCACUUCAUAUGGCAUUAGGAGGGAACAAGAAGAAAAAGACCAUCAUCAACAGUGUGUUCCAGGGUUCCAUGCGGAUAUUUACAAAGAAGCUGCCUCCACCAGAUCUGACACCUGAAGAGAAAGAGCAACUGUUGGAAAUGCAGGAGUUCAAGGAAACUAUGACAGAAUCUACGUUCUUGUACUUGACCCUUGACUUGCCGACUGCGCCUCUGUACAAAGAUGAGAAGGAGCAGCUGAUCAUUCCACAAGUUCCACUCUUCAACAUCUUGGCAAAAUUCAAUGGCAUCACAGAGAAGGAGUAUAAAACCUACAAGGAGAAUUUCCUGAAGAGGUUCCAGCUGACAAAGCUCCCACCCUAUCUCAUCUUCUACAUCAAGAGGUUCACAAAGAACAAUUUCUUCAUAGAGAAGAACCCCACCAUUGUGAACUUCCCAAUCACGAAUGUGGAUUUGAGAGAAUACCUGUCAGAAGAGGUUCAGGCUGUGCACAAGCAUACCACCUAUGACCUGAUAGGUAAUGUGGUACAUGAUGGAAAGCCUGGUGAGGGAGCAUAUCGGGUCCAUGUUCUGCAUCACGGAACAGGGAAGUGGUACGAGUUGCAAGAUCUACAAGUAACUGACAUCUUGCCACAAAUGAUCACUUUAUCAGAGGCUUACAUUCAGAUCUGGAAGAGGCGAGAAGACAGUGAUGAAAGUCUGCCCAGUCAGAAAGGAGCAUGAAUGGGGACAGGGCGACUCAUCUGAGCACCAGCAUCUUACCCAUAAUUAUCAAGGCCUUACGUGAGCAGAGCUGGAAGAUGUUGGCAAUAUUUAAAGCAAACUCUGACCAUAUCCUAAUGUUUGGCAGAUGUGGAUUGCACUGAUGUGACAUUGAUGCAAAGUGAUUUCCCACCUCUGCUGAUGUGUGUCCAAAGAAGUAACAAGAAGUCCAAUACUGAUGUGUGAAGGUGUGCAGUAACUCAGAUGAUCCUGACAACCAGGGGAUAUUGCUGUGAAUAUUUUGAUGGAAUGAGUCUCAUUUGACAGAAUGCCAUGCAACAGAAGAAAUUAUUUUAUUCGCCUGGAAAAGCCACCAACUGAUUUAAUCACCUCCUGUUCUCCUCAUUUUUGUCCUUGUAUUCUGUUUGCUGGAGCACUGACAGAAUGAUUCCCAAAGGAUGUUGCAAAUCUCAAUGUAUUUUUGUUUUGACCUUCUUCAUGUUGUUCAAGCAUAAACAGCCUUUUACAUUCUGGCUGAUGCUUCAAGUGCUGCAGAGCUAAGAGAUAAUUUACUCUGUUUUACAGCCAUUCCAGGUUGCAGUAACUUGAUAGUGUUUUGUUUUAGAUUGGAAAUGUCAGUGUACGAGCCAUAGGUCAUAAUUUUGUAAAAUGUUUGAGUGGAAUCAGCCGUGCAAGACCUGUGGUCAGUACUGAAUACUGUAGGAGAGCAAUCUGGUUUUUUCGUAUUGGUUUGAAAUAAUUCUUCCUCUUGGUCUAUUUUAUAGAAAUGUUAUCACUGAAAUAUUUCCCUGUCUGCUUCCUGCCUUAUUUUCAACAUAGUUUAUCUGUCAAUUGGGGUAAAUAAAAUUUUCAUGUAAGAA